CUGCUAAGAUUUUUGAGAUCUUGUUCAUUUUAAGUAGCCCUGCAACUUCGGUUUUCCGAAACCGAACCGAACCAAACCCUCGGUUUUCGGUUAACCGAAAUUUUAAAAAACAUUUCCAAAAGUAACCGAAUUAAAUUUCGGUUCGGUUUUCGGUUAACCGAAAUUUUAAAAAACAUUUCCGAAAAUAACCGAAUUAAAUUUCGGUUCGGUUCGGUUUUCGGUUAUUUUCGGUUUUCACCUAAAUUUCCGAAUAUACCCGAUUUUUAUGAUUUUUGGUUAAUUUCGGUAUAGGUUUUUAAAAAAGUUCGGAUUUCUCGGUUAAAUUCGGUUAUUUUCGAUUAUUUUCGGUUCGAAUUUUCGGUUAUUUUCGGUUAUUUACGGUUAAACCGGAUUAUUUUUUAAAAUCUUACCGAACCAAACCGAUCUCGAAAACAUAACCGAACCGAAAACCAAAAAUGUCGGUUCGGUUCGGCUGGUUCGGUUCGGAGCAAAGUCGCAGGGCUAAUUUUAAGGUUUGAAUUUUUAAAAAUAUUUCUACUAAAUCAUUAUUACAAAAUUAAGUAUACACGAAGAAAAAUUGACGCGUUGUUUGAAGAUUGUUUUGGGGGGUCUUUUGUUCAUUUUAAAGUUUAGAUAAGUUAUGCUAUAGUAAUUGACCAAAAAAAAAAAAAUUAUGCUAUAGUAAAUAAUUGUUGACCAAACUAAUAAUUUGGACAAAGACGUCAAAAUAUUGUGGGAUACCACAAAGACGGUGCUACGAUGAAAAGUUCAUUGAAAGAAUAAUAUUUUUGUUAUCUUAUGAUUUAUAUGUAUUGUUAUUGGUGUGCAUUUAUCAUGUAUAGUUUAUUUCAAAUUCAGUCUAUAUUAUAUUUAAUGAGAACGAUGCUUCCCCUAUGACACGAAAUCUAAAAGAUGAAUGACCAAAUAUUAUGGUAGGGUUCGUAUCUAGCAAAAUGACUGUACAUAAAUAUUAAAAAUGGUUUUAAUGUUUGUCGGAAAGUACGCAUCUACUUUUCUCUUAAACAUUUCGGUGCGGCUAAAUAUAUAUAUACUAGAUCUUCACCCACGCGACCACGCGAAUAUUUAAUUUGUGUUUGUAUUUAAUGAUAUAUUUGUAUCACUGAUAUUAGGUAUUAUAUAAAAAAUCUAAUAUUUAUAUAAUAAAAUCCAUGUCUAAGAUAUAUAGCUAACAAAUUUUUUAAAUAAAAAAUACAAAAAUAGACAAUUGUGAAUUAGCAUGCUAUUUAUAAAUAAAACAUUAGUUAUAAUAUUUGUAAGAAAAUAAAAUGAUUGUUAAACUUCUAUGAAAUUUGGAACAUAUACAAAUUAAGAUUGAAAAUAAAAUGAAAAUAUAAAUUUGAUGUAACUGAUAAGAAAUUAUAAAUGGGUUUGGAUUUGAGUACAUUUAAACCACGAUCUUGCAGAUGUUUUUUUAUUUUUGUAAAUAAAUAUUUAUUUUUUCUAAGGGAUAAUAUAUAUUUUAAAAUUUUACAUGUGUUAAAUAAUUAUUUAAUAACAUUUAUAAGCAUACUAAUUUUAUAGUUUAUAUUUUUUUAUUUAAUUUUAUCUUGUAAACCGUCAAUUGUAUUACCACCAUUUUUAGAAUAUGAUCCUUGCAUCUAUACAAAUGUUUUAUUUUGUUUUUUUUUGUGGAACAAAAUUUUAUGAGAAUGUCUAAUAAAUUAUUUUAUAUACAUGGUAAGUUUGUAAAUAAUUAUAAUGGUGCAUGUAAUAUAUUUAUAUUGGUAAGAAGAAGAAUUUGUUAAAAAAAAAGAAGAGUAACAUGAAUUGUGGGAGAGAAUGAGACAAAAAUGUAACUUAUAUUAUUACAUAAAUAUUUUGUGUAUAUUAUUGACAUAGAUAAGUUAAAAGAUUUAUAUUUAAUUGAUUGUGAAUGUAAUUUAGUAAAUGUUUUAUUAUUUUUUAAAAAUACAUGAAAAGCAUAGAAUUAGGAGUAAUUAAUACUUCAUUAAUUUCGGAAAAGACAGAGAUUACUUAAAAUUAUAUUUAUUUAAUUAUUUCAAUGGCAUUAGGCUGUAAAUAUUAUGAAAGUUUAAGGGUUAGUAUCAAUUUGUACUUCUCUUUUAAUAGAUUAUAUAUAUUUUUUUUUUUGAAGGAGGGUGUGGCUAAAUAUUGAUAUGAUCUUCAUAAUGUUUAUGUAUGCUUAUUUAGUAACUAUUUUUACAAAUUCGAAAGUGCAUGUUGAAAUUUAUUUCUAAAGUUAUCCCCCAUGAUUUGCUCUUGGAUCUUUUUUUUUUAAUAGAGAAUAUGUUUGUUCCAAUAGUCAUUUCUAUUUCUACUUUAAAUAAAAAUAAAUAAUAUUAUACGCCACUGGUGCAUUUAAUUUGUAAUACAAUCAUUUUUAUUCAAGCAUUAUUUUCUAAAAAAAAAUCUCAAGGUUUUUCCAAAUUUAGGAGUCUCUUAUAUAGUUCUCUAUUUUAAAAAUAUUGAAUAUAGAGUGGUUUAUGGGAGAUGAUGCAACAAAAAUUUUGUUGUGGAAUUCCCCAUUGUGGUCGUGAUAAAUGUAAACCGGAGGACUUUAACUCAAUAUGCCCCAAGGCCUCUUGAAAAAUUCUCAUAUGUCCCUGUUAUUAAAAAUAAUAUAUAAUAAUUUCUUUUUGAAUUUUUUUAAAUGCAAAAAGUGCGUAAAGUCGAAAAGACCCUAAAUGAAAUGGACUUAUUACCAUAUCCAACCAAAUCGACCCGGUCCACCCAAACCUAAAGGGUUACGACCCGGAUCCGAACCCUAAUUCUCUCUUGGUUGCGAAACCCUCUGAAUGGCUCUCUCCGUCUCAAACAGAAAAGGAGAAACAACAAACCCUAGAUUCGAUUUCUCUGCUUCUUCCAUCUUCGGCUCGUUCACAAUCCAGACGAAUCGAGCGUCUUCGUGUUCUUCAUUCAUUCGUUUAUCAUGUUUGUCUACUUGACUUUGUGGUAAAGCUUAAUUGAUGUUGCUAUGCGGUUUGCAUUUGGAGUGAUUGAGUUGUUGUGGUUGUAACGUCAUGUACAUGAAAUGAAGGGCCAAAAAAGAAGGCAUCAAUAAUACUGCAAAGGUUUUGUAUUCUCAAUGUUUGUCUCUGUUACCAAGGUAAGUGUCUUCAGAAUCAAUUUGCUCUGGCUAGUUUCUUACUGGUGUUGUUAACUAGGGUUGUCUUUGAACUGUUUGGUAAAUUUAUUUUUCUUAGGAACGUUUUGUGUGUGUUUUUCUGUAGAGAAAAAGAUAUGCUAGUGGUACAAUGACCGAGGAUCAGGCCCUCCCCUAAUUUGUCAAAUGCACGUGGAGAAGGAACGCCGACGAGAAAGGAUUGUUGCUUCACGCAGUGAUUAUAGUGCUGAUCAUAAUGACCUUUGCGAUGAUAAAACGAUGCUCAAGAUGCAAAGAGAGCAGCGGAAGCGUGCUGAUAAGGAGAACAGAGAAAGGAGAUGCCGUGUGUUCUGGACGACAGAGAAGCCGAUCAAGAUAACUUGCACCAUUUUCCAGAGGAAAAAAAAAAUCUUCGAGAAGAGAGGAAGGUCCUCAAGCAAUUCUUUGAGCGUUGUGAGAGUAUUGGUAUUGGAUCUUCUUAUGUCUUUAAAACAGGGAGGCGAGUUGUCGAAACCGUAGCUACUAAAUGAACACAUACAGUUUUGUUUCAGAUUAAAUAUAUAAAAAUAUUUUAAUAUAUGUUUAUUUAUUUAUUUUAUUUAAAUAUAUGUUAAUAUUUAAUUAUACACUCAAUUUUGAUUAGUGUAGUUUUCAUUAUCUUUUGUGACACAUUCUCCUUUCAUCUUCGAUUAAUUCCCAUUGUUUGAGCAUGUUUCAUGUGAAAAAAAAUUCUCAUAUUAAAUUGUUUUUAUAAAAUGUAUGAUUAAAGUUUAAGUCUUUUUUUCUCUUCUACAAGCACAUUUUUUUGUCAGUAAAUAUUAAGUAAGGUAAUAUGUCACAUUACACAUUCCAUCAUUUAUAAAUAAUUAAAAAGUGUUAAAACCAUUUAUCUUCUGUUUUUAGAUUUUAAAAAUGUUUUAUGUUUCAUAAAAUUCAUUUUGUUUCGCUCAGGUUAAAUUAAUAAUAUAAAAAGUACUCAUAUAAAAUGUAUAUGCAUAGCAUAUGUUAAAAUGAUAAUUUUAAAAUUACUCAUGUAAAAAGUGCAUGCAUAACACAUGUUAAAAUAAUAAUUUUAAAAGUAUUCAUGUCUUUGACAAAAAAAAUACUUAUGUAAAAGGUGAAGCCUUUAUAUACAUAAAUUUAAUAUUUUAAUUACAUUUAGUAAUUCUUGAUAAUCUUCAAGGUAGUAGAAAUACUUACUUACACAUAGUAAUACUUUAGCAAAUUUUAAGUUUUAUUAGUAAAACCAUAUCCAGAUGGAAUAUUUGGUAGUAAAACCAAUAUUUUUAUAUAAUGAAUGUUAUUAAGGAAGAGUAUUACAUAACCACUUUAAUAGAAAUAAGUAUUUUUAUAGAUUUUUCUUACGAUAGCCUUAUGAUUCACACAAUAACCAUGAAAGCUAAAGAAUUAUUUUGGGAAAAUGACAGAUAUUCCUAAAACUAUAGAAAAUAAUCAUCUAAAUAGUUUUAAUAGUCUUAUGUACUAUAUACAUAGUCUACUAAUAGAUAAUAUAUGGAUUCUAUAUGUUAAAUACACGCACUACUUGCAAUAUAUAGGAGUUUCAAAUUACACAUAAUAAAACCAAGUAAUCCUAGUAUUUCGAAUUACACAUAAUAAACCUAGUAAUCCUAGUAGUCCGAAUUACAUAAAAUAAACUCAGUAAUCCUAAUAGUCCGAUAAUUUUUCAACGUAGUAGAACUAAUAGUUCUAAUAAAAAUGUUUUUCCAUAGUAAUUCAAGUUGUCUAAGUAGUACCUAAUUCUUUUCACAUUUACGACCUAGUCUUUUUUUUAGAACGAUGUUGUUCGGAUUAAACCACUACUAUUUUUCUAUGACCAUAGUCCUACUAUACUUCAAAAUGAAGUAAAAUAAACCAAACCCCAUAAACACAGUUUUUAAAAUAAUUUUCAAUGUCUCAAAAUUUUCAUUAAAUCUUACGUUAUUUACAUUAUCUAAGAUAUACAUUUCAUUUUAAUUAUACUCCAAUUAAAUUUCUGUAAAAAUGAACAUAAUAAACCUAAAACCCAGAAAACAAAAUUUUAAAACUCGUUUUAAAUCUUUUGAAAUUCUUAGUAAAUCUUAAAUUAUUUACAUUACCCAAGAUUUACAGUUCAUUUUAAUGAUAUUCUAUAUAAUUUUUUUUAUUAAAACACGGAUAUAAUAAAUCUAAAACCUAAAAAAAAAACAGUUUUAAAACUCAUUUUCAGUCUUCCAAAAUUUUUAGUUAAUCUUACACUAUUUACAUUACCCAAGAUGUACAGUUCAUUUUAAUGAUAUUCUAGAUAAAUUUAUUUUAAGAAAACAGAUAUAAUAAAUCUAAAACCCAUAAAAAAAUAGUUUCAAACUCGUUUUCAAUCUUCCAAAAUUCUCAAUAAAUCUUACAUUAUUUACAUUUCCCAAGAUGUACAAUUCAUUUUAAUGAUAUUUUAGAUAAUUUUUUUAAAACGGAUAUAAUAAAUCUAAAACCCAGAAAAAUAAUUUUAAAACUCGUUUCAAUCUUCCAAAAUUCUUAGUAAAUCUUACAUUAUCUACAUAACCCAACAUGUACAAUUCAUUUUAAUGAUAUUCUAGAUAAUUUUUGAUAACAUAUAUAAUAAAUCUACAACCCAGAAAAAUAGUUUCAAAACUCGUUUUCAAUUUUUCGAAAUUCUCAGUAAAUCUUACAUUAUGUACAUUACCCAAGAUGAACAAUUCAUUUUAAAGAUAUUCUAGAUAUUUUUUAAAAACAGAUAUAAUAAAUCUAAAAAAAAAACAGCUUUAAAACUGGUUUUCAAUCUUCUGAAAUUAUCAGCAAAUCUUUUAUUAUUUACAUUAUUUUAAUAUAUUUAGAAAUUUAAAGUUAUUUUAUAACAAAUUUCAUAAAAAUGAACAUAUAUUAAAUGUUGUAUAAAGUUUCAGUUAACAAAAAGGAAAAUGUUACAUUAAAAAAAAAAAAAAAAAAAAAAGAGAUCACGUUGAAGAAGACAAAAAUGAGGUUUCUGGUUAAAGUUUAUCGUGGGACCCAACUAAUUUUUGAUAUAAAUUUGAUUCAUGAUUAAUGAGGUAUCAGAUUUAUAAUAAAAAAUUAGAAGGCUAGUUUCGGAAUCACAAAGAGAGAAGGGUAGUGAGAAAAGAGGAGGGAUAAGGAGAAUAGUUUUUUUCAAUAGGGGCAUAUUGAGUUACACUCCCAGAAACUUUGCUCUCGAGUGAGAGAAGUUAUUAAAUUUAAUGGGCUUUUAAACAACGCUAAUGGGCUUUAUUAAUAAACUAAACCUUAUUUAUAUACGAAGGUUCAGCUUUCAGGUAGAAAGGAAUCGAAGAUGAUAUUAGCCAAUCUCCCGAACGAUUUGGAAUCGGAGAUACUCGCUAGGGUUCCGGCGAAGUCUCUACAGGAACUCAAAACGACUUGCAAACGAUGGUACACUCUAUUCAAAGAUUCGAAGUUCGUGGAGAAGAACAAGAAGUUGAGUAGUGAAGCUGCAAGAGAGACGUUUCUACUGAGCAAUCACGAGGUUUACUCCAUCGCCGGAGAUCUCCACAGCAGCGGCGACGUCGCACAGCCUCUCGAGUUCACCGGUAAACUUUCAAAAGAUUUGGACUUGUAUACGAUCUCUCACUGCGACGGUUUGAUGCUAUGCCAAGCGAAGAAUAACUCUAGCGUUGUGGUUUGGAAUCCAUGUACUGGUGAAACGAAGAUGAUCAAACCUAGAACUCGUUACCAGAUUAGAGAUAGAUUCGCCUUAGGAUAUGAUGAUUCUCGCCGUGGCUACAAGAUCUUGAGGUUUGGCUAUUAUCAAAACGAGGAGAAAGUGUGGUUUGUUGAGUGUGAGAUGUAUGAUCUUAGCUCUGGUUCUUGGAGUGUUGUUGAUUCCUUCAUUCUUGACUACAGAAUGUAUUGCAGUGGCGUGUCUUUGCGAGGAGAUACUUACUUCGUUGCUGGUGAUAAAGAUUCAAGUUUCUUCUUGAUGAAGUUUGAUUUCACGGCGGAGAGAUUCGUGCGUCUCCCUCUCCCGUUUCAGAGCUUUGAUCCUGAGGACACCGCGGUUCUCUCUGUUGUUAGGGAUGAGAAGCUCUCUGUGUGUCAUCAGGACAAUCAUACUUGGUCCCAUGUGAUGAGGAUUUGGGUGAGCAGUAAGGUUGAUGAGGAAGGGGGCAAAGAGUUGUCGUGGAGGAAAGACUUUGUUUUGACUGUGGAUUUCGAUAAGUUUCAGCUCCGGUGUGUGGUGAAUGUGGCGAGCUUCUUGUUGGACGAGGAGAAGAAAGUGGCAGUGUGUUGUGACGUUUGUGACGAAGACAUGAAGGGGGAAGCGAAGAACAGAAUCUACAUUGUUGGUGAGGAUAUGUAUAAGCAGGUUUAUGACGAUGAUAUUGUAAAUGCAUCUCUUCUCAACUGUCCACUUGUUCUCACCUAUGUUCCAAGCUUGGUUCACAUCCACUAAGAAGAGACAGAUGUUCUUCUGGUUUGUUUCGGUUUAGGUGCUGCUACUUGGUUAUGGUUUUCUUGUGCUUUUUAGUAUUGGAUCGUUUGUUCAUAUACAUUGUUCUGGCUUGUAGCCAGUGUUUGAUCUUGGAGAGAUUAUCAUCACAUAAGAAGAAUCUGAUUCAUGAA